CGGAGGCGGAGGCGGCGGCAGCGGCGCGUGUCGGGGGGCGGUGGCAGGCGGAAGCGCGGAGGAGGUGGAAAGAAGGGGGCCGCUAUCACGGAGACUCCGGCCACAGUAGACCCCGCUAUAGCGAGGCCACUAGAUUCCGUCGCGGGGCGUGAGCGGCGUGGACCCGGGGCGCCAGGGGGACCCACCAGGCGAAGGUGGGGGCCCGUCUAUCCUUCCGCCUUUUCCUGGGUUUCUCUCCCGGACGGUGACGCGACGUGCUGACGGCGGGCCCGUGCCGGGGAGCUGGGCCGCUUUUUGUCAGCUCCGAGCUCGGCCCCUCCUCUCUCCCUCCCUCCGCCCGCCCCACCAGCCGGAUCCCGGCACAGUGCUCCAGAGAAAGGGCGGCCUGCAGCACCCGCCACCGUCCGGAGCUGUGACUGAUGAGAAUUAAAGGACGUGGAUGAAGAUGGACUUGAAUUGCAACCACAAGGGCCAAACUCAUUUUUUAAUGCAACAGGAGCUGAUGCUACACACAUGGAUGGUGACCAAAUUGUUGUGGAAGUACAAGAACUUUUUGUUUCAGAUGUUGUGGAUUCAGACAUAACUGUGCGUAACUUUGUUCCUGAUGACCCAGACUUGGUUGUAAUCCAGGAUGUUAUUGAGGACGUUGUUAUAGAAGAUGUUCAGUGCCCAGAUAUCAUGGAAGAAGCAGAUGUAUCUGAAACUGUCAUCAUUCCUGAACAAGUGCUGGACUCAGAUGUGACUGAAGAAGUUUCUUUAACACAUUGCACCGUCCCUGAUGAUGUUUUAGCUUCUGACAUUACUUCAGCUUCAAUGUCUAUGCCAGAACACAUCUUGACAAGUGAAUCUGUCCAUGUGCCUGAUGUUGGACAUGUUGAACAUGUGGUUCAUGAUAAUGUAGUAGAAGCAGAAAUCGUCACUGAUCCUCUGACAACUGGUGUAAUUUCAGAAGAAGUGUUGGUAGCAGACUGUGCCUCUGAAGCAGUCAUAGAUGCCAGCGGGAUCCCUGUAGACCAGCAAGAUGAUGACAAAGGCAACUGUGAGGACUACCUUAUGAUUUCCUUGGGUGAUGCUGGCAAAAUAGAACAUGAUGGUUCGUCUGGAAUGACCAUGGACACAGAGUCAGAAAUUGAUCCCUGUAAAGUGGAUGGCACUUGCCCUGAAGUCAUCAGAGUUUACAUUUUCAAAGCUGACCCUGGGGAGGAUGACUUACUGUCAUCUUCCCUGACAGGUGGAACAGGAGACAUUGUGGAGAGUGAGCCUGAGAAUGACCAUGGAGUUGAACUACUUGAUCAGAAUAGUAGUAUUCGUGUUCCAAGGGAAAAGAUGGUCUAUAUGACCGUAAAUGACUCUCAGCAAGAAGAUGAAGAUUUAAAUGUUGCCAAAAUCGCUGAUGAAGUUUAUAUGGAAGUGAUCGUAGGCAAGGAAGAUGCCGCUGCAGGCACGGUGGCUGCGGCGGCACAUGAGCAGCAAAUGGAUGACAACGAAAUAAAAACCUUCAUGCCAAUAGCAUGGGCAGCAGCUUAUGGUAAUAAUUCUGAUGGAAUUGAAAACCGGAAUGGUACUGCAAGUGCCCUCUUGCACAUAGAUGAGUCUGCUGGGCUCGGCAGGCUGGCUAAACAAAAACCAAAGAAAAGGAGAAGACCUGAUUCUAGGCAGUACCAAACAGCAAUAAUUAUUGGCCCUGAUGGACACCCCUUGACUGUCUAUCCUUGCAUGAUUUGCGGGAAGAAGUUUAAGUCGAGAGGUUUCUUGAAGAGGCACAUGAAAAACCAUCCUGAACACCUUACCAAGAAGAAAUACCGCUGUACUGACUGUGAUUACACUACCAACAAGAAGAUAAGUUUACACAACCACCUAGAGAGCCACAAGCUAACCAGCAAGGCAGAGAAGGCCAUUGAAUGUGAUGAAUGUGGGAAGCAUUUCUCUCAUGCGGGGGCUUUGUUUACUCACAAAAUGGUGCAUAAGGAAAAAGGAGCCAACGAAAUGCACAAGUGUAAAUUCUGUGAAUACGAGACUGCUGAACAAGGGUUACUGAAUCGUCACUUUUUGGCAGUCCACAGCAAGAACUUUCCUCAUAUUUGUGUGGAGUGCUGUAAAGGUUUUCGUCAUCCGUCGGAGCUCAAAAAGCACAUGCGAAUCCACAUUGGGGAGAAGCCAUACCAAUGCCAGUACAGUGAGUAUAGAUCCGCAGACUCCUCUAACUUGAACACUCAUGUAAAAACUAAGCGUAGUAAAGACAUGCCAUUCAAGUGUGACAUUUGUCUUCUGACUUUCUCAGAUACCAAAGAGGUGCAGCAACAUGCUCUUAUCCACCAAGAAAGCAAAACACACCAGUGCUUGCAUUGCCACCACAAGAGUUCCAACUCAAGCGAUUUGAAACGACACAUAAUUUCAGUUCACACAAAGGACUACCCACACAAGUGUGACAUGUGUGAUAAAGGCUUCCACAGGCCUUCAGAACUCAAGAAACAUGUGGCUGCCCACAAAGGUAAAAAAAUGCACCAGUGUAGACAUUGUGACUUUAAGAUUGCAGAUCCAUUUGUUCUGAGUCGCCAUAUUCUCUCGGUUCACACAAAAGAUCUUCCGUUUAGGUGUAAGAGAUGUAGAAAGGGAUUUAGGCAACAGAAUGAGCUUAAAAAGCAUAUGAAGACACACGGUGGCAGGAAAGUGUAUCAGUGUGAAUACUGUGAGUAUAGCACUACGGAUGCCUCAGGCUUUAAACGGCACGUUAUUUCCAUUCAUAGGAAAGACUAUCCUCACCGAUGUGAGUACUGCAAGAAAGGGUUCCGAAGACCUUCAGAAAAGAACCAUCACAUAAUGCAACAUCACAAAGAAGUUGGCCUGCCCUAA